UCGGCGGGAGCACUCACUUUCCCCUCCGCCUGCUGGGCUGCAUCUCUUUUUCUCCUCUGUCCUUUUUCACUGUCAGCUCUCUUUGCGUUCGCUGUUCCUCUCUUUCUCCUGUGCUCACUCCUCUUCUCCUUUGCCCUGCACUCACACUCACACAUGCUUUCACUGACUGUGUAGUGCUUGGCCACACAGAUGUUAUUCUUUAUGCAGUAACAGGUAGACAUCAUCCUUGUGCUGCUCAGCGGAGAACAGGAGAGGAACCGGCAUUUUGGCUUUUCUUUUUUUUUUUUUUUGUAUAUGUGCGAAGUAAACUGUGAGAGAAGAAGCACAGGUGGAGGAGGAGCAGGAGGAGAAGAGGGGAAUAAGAGAAGAAAGAACGGGUCUUAGCUUCAGCCCCUCUAAUGCUCCACUUGACACCAUGCUGCUCUGUGUGGAUUUGGUCCUCAGGGGAAAAUCCUUAAAAUGAUGGAAGACAACAAACAGCUGGCACAGAGGAUUGAUGGGGCCAUCCAGUCCGCCAGUCAGGAAGUGACCAAUCUCCGCUCCGAGCUCUCUGCUACCAGCCGCAGACUGGCAGAGCUUGGUGCCAGCAGCCCCCCUGCCUUGGAGAACCACCACCAGCACAACCACCACGAUGACAGCCUCCACUACCGGGAGCCAUCCAUGCAUCACAGACAGAAGACAGUGGUGACAGACAUGUGCUACCCGACAGAGAUAUCCAGCCUGAUGGACUUUGGCACUCCGGACUGCUCGCUAGGCAAAGUGUUGUUGCGUGAGGAGGUAGCCCAGCUUCAAGAGGAGGUCCACCUGCUGAGGCAAAUGAAGGACAUGUUGAGUAAAGACCUGGAGGACACCCAGGGAGGCUGCUCUGCCAAUCUGCUCUCAGCCACCGAACUCCGUGUGCAGCUGGGUGACAAGGAGCAGGAGUUGGACCGUGCCAAGGAGGCCUUACAAGCUAUGAAAGCUGACCGUAAGCGUCUAAAAGUGGAGAAGGCAGACUUGGUUAGUCAGAUGCAGCAGCUGUACACAACACUGGAGAGCAGAGAAGAGCAGCUGCGAGAAUUCAUACGCAACUAUGACCAGCACCGAAAGGAGAGUGAAGAUGCAGUGAAGGCCCUUGCGAAGGAGAAGGACAUGCUGGAGAGGGAGAAGUGGGACCUGAGGAGGCAGACCAAAGAAGCCACAGAGCAGGCCAACGUCCUGCGUUCUCAGAUGGACAUGAAGGAGAACAGGAUCAAAGAGCUGGAGGCAGAGCUCACCAUGGCAAAGCAGUCUCUGGCCACCCUGACAAAAGACGUACCGAAGCGCCACUCGCUGGCCAUGCCGACAGAGCCUGUGGUGAACGGCAGCCAGGAAUGGGUGAUGCAGGCCGACCUGCCACUCACUGCUGCCAUCCGUCAGAGCCAACAGACCCUCUACCACGGACACACUACAGACAGACAGGCUGUGGUCAGGAUCAGCCCCUGUCACUCUCGUCAGCCCUCCGUUAUCUCUGAUGCCUCAGCGGCCGACGGGGACCGCUCGUCCACGCCCAGCGACAUCAACUCACCUCGUCAUCGGACCCACUCCCUCUGCAAUUCCAUGGAGGACCUGGAGGACCAGAAGCGUAAGAAGAAGAAGGAGAAGAUGACUCUGGGAUCCCUGUCACGGGUGUUUGCUCGGGGCAAACAACGCAAAUCACUGGACCCCGGCCUGUUUGAUGGUACAGCCACCCCUGAUUAUUACAUAGAGGAGGAUGCCGACUGGUGAUGCUGAGUGUGUGUGUGUGUGUGUGUGUGUGUGUGUGUGUGUGUGUGUGUGUGUGUGUGUGUGUGUGUGUGUGUGUGUGUGUGUGUGUGUGUGUGUGUGUUUGCUUAUGAAUAUGUGUGGAUAUCCACCUGGCUUUAACUGUGUAAAGAGCAUUUUGUUAAUGAGUUUGUUUGGAGGGGGGGUGGGGGUGGGGGGAUGUAAAUUUUAAAAGAAAAGCCCUUAAAGAGACUGCUAUUCCCAUAAAUGUACAGUAUAUUACCCUCAGAUUGUAUGUUUGUAAAUUAGAUAUAUAUUUAUAGAUGUACAUGUAUGCAUAUGUAUAUAUGUUUACAUGCAUAUAAAUAUAUACAGUACAUGGGGUUAUUAUUAUGUGUAGACAUGUUUAUGCUGUAUUAUCUUCCAAAUGGCUUAAUGUUUUAUGUUUUUUUAUAACUGGAGACUUGAAGGACUGCUGUUUAUAUGUAAAUAGGAGUUAUUGUGAAACUAGUGUUUUUACUGUAAAUGUCAUUUGGCUUUCGUUACUUUACAGUUGCUUUUAUCAUGCUUUGCAACACUGAUUUCUUUCUUCUUAAUCUCAACCUUACUUGGCCCAUUUCUUAUAAUGAAAGAGGAGAUAUUAGCUGAUUGAGUUGAAAAAAAAAAGAUCUUUUGGACUUUAAUUGGCCAACUUCUGCUGUUUCAAAUUAAUCAGAAAAACAUUACUUUGAGAGGUACUGCUGUUACAGUCUCAUGUUAUAAAUGCUAUAAAUGCUGGCUCACAGUAUUUGCUGAUAAUACAUUCACAACAUAUCACAGUGUCAUCUUGACCUCCUCAUCCGUUUAUGCUAAAAAAAUAUGUUCUCAGUUACUAUAAUUUAGGACUGGCUAAUAAGGGUUUUAGGGUCAGACCUCCAUAAAAAAAAUUUAGUUGCACAGACUUGAAUACAGAAACAAAAAAUAUCAGAAAAUUAACAGUAAUGUGUUUUGAGGCUCACGUCUCGUCUGCUGUCAAAUUCAUGUGCAAGUGCCAAAGGUUAAACACUUGUCUUUGAAAAAUCUGCGUAUCAUUCAGCCACUGUUAGCACUAGCCUCGUAACAUUGUUUAUGUCUGACUCAUGUCUUACUGAGAGCUAUCUAACAUGUGCCAACAUGAGACAAAGGAAUGUGCAUUCAACACCUGCAUGAUCCCUCUGUGUUGCUUUGAUAAAAUGUCCAUUCAUUGCCAAUCAGAUUAAUAAUCUCCACACUCCUGUGUUGCUCCUCUGUUGACUUUCCCCUAUACCAAGUUGUCUUUCCUUGCAUUAUGAAUGCACGGCCCCCCUUUUUUUCUUUUGCUGUUUUUGUUUUGCUUUGUGUAGAAUCCCUCCUCAUUUUUCACGAAUGUGGCUCUAAUAAUUCUGUUAAAUGCUUUGUAAUUUAGGAGAUGUUGCAUAAAAGAUUAAAUCUAUUGAAGUAUUUUAUUUAAAAAAAAGGCACAAACAAGAGGUAACUUCAAAUAUUUAUCUGCUGCGGCUGUUGCAGCCAGAUGUUGAGGAGGUUUUAGCAUUUUCAAAAUGAAUUAUAAUUGAAAUGAAAUCUUAUUUUAAAAAUAAAACUAGUAACUGA